AUGGAAACGCAAAGUAGACAGGAAAGUCCAGAAUUUGUCUUGGACCAUUUUGAAGAAGUUGAAGGACUAGCUGAAGAAAUAGUCACCGAUAAACAUCAGAUUAUUGAUUUAGAUAGGAAAAGAAAUAAGAACAGAGAAGCUCUGAGAGCGUUGGGUAAGAUGCAGCCAGUGCCAGGCAAGGAUCAAAACAACAUAGAAUCUGAAAUUGGAAAACUCCGGGACAAUUUAAAACCCAAAGUGAGCAAGCUAAGGGAGCUUGAAGGUCGACCAGAAGCUAAAGGCUUUAAUUUAGAAGCACUAUCGCGUGAUGAAAUCAAUGCCGUUCAUUACUGA